UAUUUGGUGAUGCUUAAACCACGUCAAUAACAAACCACGUUCGAGCGCGCAAACUAAGUAGCGUACUCUUGAGCUUCAGAUUUCAACGCUCUGUGUUUCCGAUUUAUUAACGACUAUGGCGUUACUUGACCCAAAAUCACAUUCUUAUAAUGUGCUAGUAGUCGGAGAUGGUAACUUUUCAUCCACAGUUUGUUUGGCGUCAGCGUUAUCAAAGACUGUGAAAAUCGUUGGGACAUCGUUUGAGUCGCGCGCAGCCUUGGUGACUAACGACUUCGCUGUGGAAAGCAUCGAGAAACUGUCCUCUUUUGAAAGCGUUGAGAUCAUGCACGAGGUAGAUGCAGUAGAUCUUCGUCAAAAAUUUGGCUCUAGAACGUUUGAUCGGGUGAUCUUUAAUUUUCCACUCACUGGCGGCAAAUCAAACAUUGCCAAAUCGAGAGAUCGUGAGCGGUUCUCUGCAAGCGCCGCGCACCACGUGGAACAGUUCAAAGGCGAUAUCUGUGUAAGCCUCUGUCAGUGUCAGGGAGGAACGCCCUUAGACAAUCCAAGAAGGGAGCUUGGAAACUCUUGGCAGGUUGUUUACCGAGCUGCGAGAGCUGAACUAUGUGUAUGAUGAAGUAUAGAGCUUUACGGAAAUCAUCCCUGAACCCUCACAGAAGGUUCUUCUGUCCAUGUAAUGUGGGAUGGCAUUUUUUGAUGUGGUUGUCAAGAUGAAGUGACGCCGUACCCUUUAAGUGGAAUGGUGUGAGGACAGUUCACAAAUAGGCAUCACGCAAACUUGAGCUACAGAACCAGGAAUUCUGUUCUGGCACAAGGACUUUAUACGUAUCAAAGGUACCUGAGAAUGUUUAGGAGAACACAAAGAACUUCAGAAGGAGAGGUGGACAUGGCACUUGGACUGAUGGGUGUGAGAUGCCUAAAAGAACAAUUAAGCGAUUACAUUAUAUACAACAG